AUGGACAAGAAACCUAUCUUGACCUCUACAUUUCUCUCUCGCCGCCGCCGCUCCUCCCACACCCUCCGCCGUCUCCGCCGCACCCCCGCCCUACGCCUCCUCCUCCUUCUCCUCCUAAUCUGGGACUCCCUCCACUGCAUAACCCUCUACCUCGCCCAAAGCGCCGCACUCAACGCAUCCCCACCCCCCGCAAACCGAAAGCACAUCUACAUCGCCGCCCAGCACUGGAACAAUGCGCGACUGCUGCGCCAGCACUGGAACGAUGCGCUCAUAGCCCUCGUCCAGGAACUAGGAACAUCAAAUGUCUUCGUAUCCAUUUAUGAAAGCGGGAGCUACGACGAUACCAAAGAUGCGCUGCGCGAACUCGACGCUGUGCUCGAGGGCCUAGGCGUGCAGAAAAGUAUAAUGCUCUCCGACAUUUCGCACGCCGAUGAAAUCGCCCAACAGCGGGGUCAGGACGGGUGGAUUAAGACUGCAGACGGACAGUCUUAUCUCCGUCGAAUCCCCUUCCUCGCAACCAUAAGGAACCAUGUGUUUGAGCCGCUGGAACGGCUGACGGGCGAGGGCAACCACUUUGACAGCAUCUUGUUCCUCAACGAUGUCGUCUUUACGCCCAGGGAUGUGCUGAUGCUGCUGGAUACGAAUGGAGGCCAGUAUGCAGCAGCCUGCUCGAUGGACUACCAGAAGCCGCCAUACUUUUACGAUACCUUUGCACUGCGCGAUAUCGAGGGCGAUGAGACCAUUAUGCAGACUUGGCCGUUUUUCCGCGCGCGCAAGAGUCGGUGGGCUGCGGAGCGGUAUUUGCCUGUUCCGGUGAAGAGUUGUUGGAAUGGCAUGGUCGCCAUGCCAAUCUCCCCCUUCAUCGCCACACCUCCCCUCCGCUUCCGCGCCAUCCCCGACGCCCUCGCAUCCACCCACCUCGAAGCCUCAGAAUGCUGCCUCAUCCACGCCGACAACCCCCUAUCCUCUUCCUCUUCCUCACCCUCCUCCCAAGGAUCCCCCCCACCCCUCCAAAUCUACCUCAACCCCACCGUAAAAGUCGGCUACAACGGUUCCUCCUACAACGCUAUCAACGCGCCCUCAGCCGCCCUCUCCCCCUUGCGCAUAUUCCUCGCCGUAUGGGAGAACCGCGUACUGCGCUGGGCGACUACGCCGUUGGUGAAGCGGUGGGUGGUGGGGCGACGUGUGGCAGCGUGGAUAGGCGGUGCGGUAGGAGGAGCGGAAGGAGGAGGGAAGGAACAGCAGACUCGAAAACUCUGUACAAGUGACUCCUCGCUGGAAAUCACUCCAAAUCACAGGCUGCGUAGAAAUACCGGUAGUGAGGCCACGGACGCGCUGUGGCAGUUUGGUCUAACGUAUAACUCCAAGGAUAUGAUUGCCGUUACUAGAGUUGCGAUUACUCUCCAGAAGGAGGUUGUAAAGGCCGAAGACCUAAGCUCAGCGUCCGUCGACGCAAACCGCUUGCCAAAGGUCAAGGAUAAUACAGUUUGCUACUCAAAAACCAACCAAGAGGCCUUGAUAUCUUUCAAUAUGCAUACAAGCUGA